CCUUUGGAGAGCUGACAAUGACGAUGGAGUAGAAGACCUCUUAUAAUUGUCAUUACAACCCAUUUACACCUUCCUGGAGGAGUUUUCGUCUUGCGGAGGAGAACAUUCUCACCGGGAGCAUGGCUUCUCAGAGUAACCAGUACAUCUUUGGAGAGUUCAGUGCAGAUGAGAUCAAUCAAUUUUUUGUGACUCCUCGAUGUUAUGUUGAGCUUCCUCCAUUCAAUGACAAGCUUCCAUGUAUCAGUCAGUCUUCAGGAAGUUACUGCACUCCUGCUGUACCUUAUAUAAUGGAGUCUAUGGGACUGCAGGUUUGCGCAGAGGACUAUCAACGCAUUGAGUUUGGUGUUGACGAGGUUAUGGACUCCAAGCCCAUUGGGGUGAACGAUCCUUUGUACAAGGUUUCGAGUACUCUCAACCCCCAGGCUCCGGAGUUCAUCUUGGGCUGUCAGUCAGUCCAGAAGGCGCCACAGACGACGCUUCCAGCAGCAGAUGUCCCUGAUGGAAGCCAUUUCAACUCCCUGGACGGACCAGACUCUGAGGCCUCGGCUUUGGACAAUCACCAGGGGUGCCAAGACAUGGAUGCACCUGGAAGCCUGGGCCAGAGAGAGCGAAAGAAAAAGAAAAAGCGUCCACCUGGAUACUACAACUACCUGGACCCAUCAGGAGGGGGAAAUGGCAGCAACUCUAUUGUGGCAGAUGGACAGUCCAUGACAACACUUGUGAAUGGACAUGUACCUGGAGGCCCUCACAACAGUACUGAGGAUGUAGACAGUAAGGCGUUUUUAGGGGAUGAACUUUCCUCUCCUGGAUCUGUCUCCAUGGCAGCAUCUACAGCUGUUGUGUUUGCCCCCUCAACCACUGCUGAUCAAAGGACUUGUGGUAGCCCAGAUGACUCUUCUUUGGACUUAACGAGUGUCACUGCCUCUUUGUCAGAUGGCAACAAUGCAACUUCCUCCUCUUCAUCCUCCUCUCAAAGUAGAGGGAUGACGGAGGGACCAAGGACUGCAGAUCAGCAGCAAGAUCAUUUGGCUUUUGAGAGCCCCGAACUUUUAGUCACCCCACACAGUCCCCGCUCCAAAUCGCCUCUUCCUCCUUCAGAAUCUGUGGCUGCUCCCUCUGAUAUCACUUCCAUUAUGACUACUGAACUAGAGAGGAGACAGGAAGCAGACAGUGGGGUUACCAAUGGACUAGAACAACCUAGUACUCCUGUCAGCACAGGUGGACUCAAAGAAGACUGUGAAAUUGUGGUUCAGGGUCAGCUUCUAGCCCCAGACUCUUCUGCUCAGCCUGCAGUGUCAGAGCAGGCACAAUUACCUGCAGUUUCAGCUGCACCCACUGCCAAUCUUCCCAAAUCUUGGGCUAGCCUGUUUCACAACUCAAAGCCUCUUCCCGGGGGCCCUCCGGCCUUUGUAGAGGUAAAAAAUGUUGUGGAGGUGGUGUCCCCCUCCCCUGCUGUACCGGAAGAACCUGAAAAGAUUGAGGAGAUUAAAGAAGGUCCAAUACAUGUAUCAGAGGACCCAUUUGCUCCUAAACUUGCAGAAAUUAUUGAGAAUGUGAAGUUGAUGCAUAAACCAGUGUCUUUGCAGCCAAGAGGUCUGAUCAACAAAGGAAACUGGUGCUAUAUCAACGCUACUUUACAGGCCCUGAUCGCAUGUCCCCCAAUGUAUCAUCUGAUGAAGUCUAUUCCUCUGCAUAAUGAAACGCAGAGAACGUGUACCUCCACGCCCAUGAUCGACAACUUUGUAAGGCUGGUAAAUGAGUUCAGCAAUAUGCCUGUGCCAUCCAAAACCAAGCAGCAAGCUGCAGGUGAAAAAGUAACAAAAGACAUUCGUCCUGGUGUACCGUUUGAACCCACUUACAUCUACAGACUCCUUACUCUCAUCAAAUCAAGUCUCUCUGAGAAGGGACGACAAGAAGAUGCAGAGGAGUAUCUUGGGUUUACGCUCAAUGGAUUGCAUGAAGAAAUGCUGGCUUUGAAAAAACUCAUCUCGCCUCAGGAAGAGAAAGCUCCGACUCCCAAUGGUCCAGAGUCCCAGCCAGGUGUGGAGGAGGAUAUUCCUGAUAAGGAGGAAGAAGAAAGUGAUGAUGAGUGGGAGCAAGUUGGUCCCAGAAAUAAGAUUUCCAUCACUCGCCAAGCUGACUUUGUUCGUACACCUAUUACCGAUAUCUUUGGUGGACACAUUAGGUCAGUCGUGUACCAGCAAAACUCCAAAGAGUCAGCCACUCUGCAGCCUUUCUUUACCCUGCAGCUGGACAUCCAGUCUGAGAAGAUCCGCACAGUCCAGGAGGCUCUAGAAACCUUGGUGGCUCGAGAGUCAGUCCAGGGCUACACUUCAAAAACCAAGCAAGAACCUGACAGUGGACAAAUUCUUAUUGAGAUAAGCCGAAGAGUAACCCUGGAAGAGCUGCCGCCUGUUCUGGUGCUUCAUCUUAAAAGAUUUGUCUUUGAAAAGACUGGAGGCUGCCAGAAACUCAUCAAGAACGUUGAUUAUCCUGUUGACCUGGAAAUCAGUAAAGACCUUUUGUCUUCUGGAGUGAGAAGCAAAAUUUUGAAAGGCCAAAGAACUUACAGGCUCUUUGCAGUUGUCUAUCACCACGGAAACAGCGCGACAGGCGGACAUUACACCACUGAUGUCUUCCACAUCGGUCUUAAUGGCUGGCUGCGUAUCGACGACCAGACAGUGAAGAUUAUCAACCAGUACCAGGUGGUGAAGCAGACUGCGGAGCGCACUGCAUACCUGCUGUACUAUCGCCGCGUAGACCUGCUGUAGACGCACACAUGACACCUCUACACACUCACCUUGCUUACCAACAUACACACACAAUACACCUGAGAAAAUGAUACAUCCACACACCAAACUAACGAACAGGAACACUGCCCAACUUGUUUUCUCGCUAGUUUCCUCUUCUUCCCUCCUGUUUCCGCUCUACUGAGAACCAGCUUUUCCAAUGCAUUUUUCCUCGUCACAAUUUUUUAUUUUUAUUUUUUUUGAAGAAAAACAAGCUGCAUUCACAAGAAUGAUCUGUGAAUAAUCUAUGCUCCACGGCAGAUUUUUUUUUUCUUUAAUCUCACUUUAUAUACUUUUAAACCCGCAAGAAAAGGACUGACGAAUCAACAGAUGUGGGGGAUGGGGUUGCAGGUGAGAAACCUGAGACUUGACCUGCAGUUUGGCCCAACGGCCAACUCACUCGCACAGGAGGGAUUAUCUAGACCGAAAAUGGACUGCAAAAAUUCUUCUUUUUUUCUAUUUCAAAUGACUUUUUUUUUCUUUAAAGAAACAAAUAUUAUUUGCCUUUUAGUGAAAGAGAACUGUCGGCCUAAUGAAUUUGCAACUUUUAAAAGCCUAUUUGCCCUUGUGCAUUGAACAGGCCCAGCACCAGCAUGAGUCUCUCAAGGCCAGAUUGUAUUCUUCUCUGACACCAACUCCUCCUCCACCAUGUUGUCACUUUUAUGAUGCUUUUAAGUCCACAUGCAUCUUGAGCCAUCAAAAGCAGAAAGGAAAAUAAAAAUGUGGUGCGUUGGAUCAGAACGUAACAGCUUAAUUGUUUUAAAGAGAUCCUUGUUAUGGUAUUUUGGUUAAGAUUUAGAAAGAUUAUCAUAAAAGAAAAUAUUAAUGCGCUUUAGAAUUUAAUGAUAAAUAUGCUUCAGUGCACAGAGUAUAAACCAACUACAAUAUGACAAGCAAAUGCUUAUUUUUCAAAUAUUUAGACUCAGAUGUUUAAGAAGGAAUAAAAAGGUUGUCUAGCUGAUGGAAUACUUGUUUGCUUCCUAAAGGACUAAUUCUUUAGCUGAAGUUUACUCUGGAGAAAUGACAGCCAGUCAAGACAAAUUCCAUGUCAAAACCUGCCCUUUUUUACUUUGUACAUUUCCUUUUUUCUGUCUCUUUCUCAGUAAAGGUUCCACCUGUGUCUUUGCUGCUUAUCAGUGUUUUUGAGCUACACGGCUCUGUCACCCAUCUGUGCAGACAGCAGUCUCCAUUGGGUUCAGUUUUAAAUGUUUUUUUUUUUUUUGGCUGUGAAAGUCUAAUGCUAUCAGAGUGGAUAUAUUGUCUAAAGAGCUUCGGUAAUGAGCCCAACAUAUUGAUUUAGAAGUGUGGCUCUUUUUCCAGCCACUUUGAAGGAAGUGGGGCUCUGUGGAGAGACCUUGGGCGCACAGCAGAACACUGUUUGCUUUUGCUUAAAUUCUUGAUUUUUGUGUUGUUUUUUUCUUUAUAAGUUGUGUAGUACAAGCUCUCGCUCCCUUUGACAAAUUAGGCUUGCAUUGAAAUUAGAGUUUGAAAGAAAUUAAAGGUUAAAGCACAAAAAAAUGAAAUCAUGGUAGUUCUGUUUGAUAUUUAUUUCUUUUGUCUUUCCUUUGAUCAUUUCUUUCUGUACUUAAGGCUUUUUUUCAGCCACCAGUGUCAGUUUCUCAGUGUUAACACAUCAGCUUUAGUAUUUUGACAGUUAUUUUAUAAAAAAAAGAUUUUUUUUGUCCCAUGCAGACUUCAGUUUUUACUACAUAUCUGCCUGUUCAUCAACACAAUACGAACUGUCAUUUCCCCAUGUGUGGUGGAAGAACAGUGCAGAGUACCAUUACUUUUGGCAUAAAAUUGUGUGUUCAGCUAAUUUCAUUCAACUGAUUUUGUUUAAAAGUUUCCACAGGUUUAGUCAAAGUACAGUCAUAAUAUGUGAACAAACCUCUUUUGGAGCAUUAUUUCAAAUCAUUACGUUGUGCUGUUUAUCAGUUUAGUCUUUCUGGGUUUCUAAAUAGAGACAUCCCAGGUAAACCAAAGGAUAUUAUAUUGGCCCUACUGCCUUCCCCUCACUUCAGUUUGAAUCAAUAUUGCCUUGUCAUUUGAUGUCUUGCCAUACCUAAUUGCACAUAAGAUAUGGCAUUCUCUGUAAAUGGUUAAUGCAUCAUUUUCACAUUGUUCGGUUACUCCGUUGGCUUUUGCCUCAAACGGGACAUUGUUUGCCAAUUUUCCUUUCCCUGUCGAAUAAAAAAAAAAAAAAGAUAAGAUGUGAAUUGGAAACGGACACCUUUAACUUCUGUUGUACAGUUUGGGCUUGGUGUCUGAUGGCUGGUCAGAAAAUGUGCUGGUGAAAAGCUUCAAUCAAUUUUUUUCUUUUCAGUGUACUCCUAACACUAUUGUCUGCUGGGAAUCGUUGGGAUAUCUAUCUUCAAAAAAAAAAAAAAAAAAAGCAAAUCUAUUCUGUCUGUUUAAUUUUACGCCUCCAGCAUUUUAUUUUGUUUUAUUGUACCAAUAAAGGAUUGUGCAAAAAGCAGUUUGCUAAUCAA